CAUGCACUUUCAUUUCAGAAAUUCGAUCGCCAUUUCAUUUACCGAAAUAACAGCCUCGUUCUGAAAUUGCCUAUUUGCUGUUCACUGCAUCGGGAUACAUUGCACAUGCACAUUGAACUCUAUCCAAGCGAUGAUGCGAAGAUCCCAAUACCCGCAUGGGGCUAUGUCAAGAAUCUAAUGGCGCGAUUUAAUGAUGCAGCUGGCAAUUGCGAAUUGCUGAGGUAUAAAGAGAAGUCUGUCUCUAGUAAAUGAGUGCAAAAACAAACGAAUUCGACAUCCCUAAUCACUCAAUUUCCACUCACUCCUGACUCACCUUGCACAAUGGCGUCAGUUUCUGAGCCUACACAAAUAGUUGAGACUUUCAGCAAAAGUCUUCGUGAAUUGGCCAACGAUAAGUCGUUCCAGCAUAUUACCAACCUAAUAAAUGACAAGUCUCGGCUGGAAAAGGACAAUGUAAAACUAGUUUCCACAAAAGAUGGUCUAGUUAACACCAUAGCAGAUCUACACCACAAGGUCACUGAAGCUGAAACGGCUGCCAAAAAGAGCCGUUCAGAUCUUGACAGCCGUAAAAAGGAGAUCCAGGCGCUGGCUGAGGAGCAUGACAGGAUGUUGAAAGAAAUAGCCACAUUGAAAAAGCAACUUCAACAGAACGAGACAAUUGUCUCCGAUGUUCAGAGAAAAUCCAAACAAAAACAGGAUCAUAUUACUCAACUUCAACAAAUGUUAUCGCAAGAGUCGACAAAUUUUCAAAACGCUAAUUCUGCACAAAAGAAGCUUCAAACCCAUCUUGAAGCACUGCAGCAAGACUUCCGAGAGACGAAGGAAUCUCUUGACACGUUUACUUCAUUGACUAGUAGCGUGAUCAAUAUGCCAAAGAAUGAUGUCGCCAACAUUCUUGAAGGCAUCUUGUUGUCAGUUUGCCAGUUUGUGCUAUCCUAUGUCAAUGUCGAGCUUGAGUCUGGAGUCUUGGCCACAAUCCCAGUUGCAUCAACUGGACGAUCCUCGCACUCAAUCCCUUUACUCAACUCGAACUCCAAGCAGGCGAAGUUUAUGAGAGUAGCUGCAUCAAUUUACGACAUUGCAAGGUCGUUUGAGAAACACAUCUUUCAAUCCUCAUAUCUACUUGAGCACAAUGGCCUGUGCCAAAUUUUGUCCGAUCUGGCCUCAGACGAUCCAGACCGAGAGGCUCACAUCCGAGCCGUGCUUAUGCCAGUACAGCCGAAACAGGACAUUAUCGACAAAAGGAUUGACCGGUGCGUUCAUGAUAUUAUCAGAUUGAUUGACUUCAUGAUUCUUCCAAGCAGUCUGCAUGAUUUUCGGAUAGCGCUUCGCACUUUAUGCACUCAAACUUGCGAGAGCUGGACUAGAUUGCAAAGGUUACAAGACAGGAUCAAGAUCAGUUUCAACGUUGAUGACAGCGAUGAGCUAAAUCAGUUGUCAACCUACUUCCAGAUAGAAAACCGCCAAGCACGGCAAACCGAUGGCACCAGCAUCUCGUCAGCCGACAGCACAAGAACGGCGAAGAAAGGAUCCCGGAUGGUAGAAUUCGAGAAUUUCGGGGUCAUAAUAUGGCCAAGCUUCAUCUGGGAUGAAGACGAAAUCAUUCAGAAUUGCGCAGUGCUUAGCUCAGACCAGAUCAAACGUGCAAGGGAAGAACAGGGGAUUUUUCGCGACAAACGACUUGCACGCAGAGAAAGUGAUAACGUGACGGCUGGGAAGCGAAGCAAAAAGGAUGGUAAUUUUUUAUCCGGCGACUCCGCAGAACAAGCGAACGGUGGAUGAAUAGGUUUUAAUUCCUCUGGUCCUGUACGGUACAGACUGCUGAUAAAACCACAAUGAUUCAUUUUUGCCGACUGUCUUGACUGUUCUUUAGUUUUAGUUAAGGUAGCACUGAAUUCUACUCUCCGUAGGUCGAUAUACGAAAGCCAUAGU